CCUUGUCUUUCUUUCUUUGUCUCUGAAGCAGCCGAACAUGCCUUGUUCUCCCUCCCUUCUUGCCCACCUUCUUCCAAAGCAAAUCGGAAAUAUAAAAGCAUCUCAGUCACCGACCUUCUUUCUCCCUAACUACUUCAAAGUAGAAAAGCCCAUUUCCCCUCAUCGAAAAAUCCCCACCAAAAUCCCAUUUCUCCUCCUUCUGUGAGUCUCCUUCCUUUUCUCUGAUUUUUUUUCCUUUUUUGGUGUUUCUGCUACCAAUUUGGUGGUGAUGAAUGAUGAUUGUUGGUUGGUAGUUCGAACGAAGCGGCAAUACUGGAGGGGGGUGAAGCAGAGGGUGUUUCGACCAUGGGACUUUGGAUUCUCGAAGCAUUUUGGGAGCAAGUACGAGCUCGGGGAGGAGGUUGGGAGAGGCCAUUUUGGUUAUACCUGCUCAACCAAGUUCAAGAAAGGGGAACUCAAAGGACAACAAGUUGCUGUUAAGGUUAUACCCAAAGCGAAGGAGAUGAGGGGUCCUUUAGGGGCAGUCAUAGGGAGGUACCCAUCAAGUGAUGGGAGUACCCAACUAGGAGGAAUCAUAAGGCACAACAAGAAAUGCAGAGAUGUUGCAUUUCUUGUUAUCUUUAUAGCAUUCUGGGUUGCUAUGAUUGUUAACUCUAGCUUUGGGUUCAACCAAGGAAACCCAAAAAGCAGAAAAUUUCCAGAUCUGCUCGGUGUCUCUUCCUCCCCUGUCCGUCGGGUUCUGCUGGGUGUGAAUCCUUUGGCUUUUUCUGUUUCCGUGAGUUUCCCUGCAGAUCCCGUCGGCUCUCCACCGCCAGCUCCGGUUGUGCUUGCCGAAAUUUUCUGGAGAACAAAGACUGGUAAAUUUAAGCAUCAUGGAUUAGAAAACACAGUGGAGUUGCAACAAAUGUUUGACAGAAUAGUAGUCACCGGUGAAAUUGCAUGGACUCCAACUGCUGGGCCUAUUCCUCCAGUACAACAAAAUGUGGGGUUUGAAGAUGCUAUUGAUUUGGAAGAAGGAAGUGGUGAUUCUGAUGAGGUGAAUGUCAUCCCAACACAAAUUGGUGGAAGUAGUGAAAAAAGGAAGAAAAACACAAUUGGUCCUUCACUUACCGGCAAAGGGAAGAAAGUGAAAUUAAAGGGCCCGAUUCUGCUUCUCUUCUUUCUUCCCGCUGCAGCCGGCAAGGAACCCAAGCAAGCCGCCGGCACCAACCUUGAGAAACCGAAUUUCGGAUCUGCCUUGCUCUGCUCCUCACCGUCCGGCUGCUCCUGCUUUGUGGUCCGUGAGUUUCUCCCCUGCACUGCCGCCGGCUUUUUCCCCCUGCUAGGUUCGGUUCUUGCUGGAAAAUUCUGGUUUCCGAUCGUUCUGUUAGUUAGCACUGAGAUUGAGUGCUCGGUUUUAUGCGAGUGAGGUAAGUAAAUUUAUGGUAAUGCCCGUAUAGUUUUUAAAAGCAUGUUUUGAUUUGUUUUUGAAGUGGUGGCGGGACUAAACCCGUUUUACACGAGCAUGACUGAUUUGAAGUGAAAUGUUUUAUGCUUUUCAUUAAAUUGAGCAUGCCUAC